GCCCCUGCUGGCUGCGUCAUCAGCCGGCGCCGCUGGCGGGGCAUGGCGGACCCCGGCGAGCCGGGCCGGGACGAGCUCACCGCCUCCGCCGACCAGGAGCCACCUCCCGCGGCCUCGUCCCCCUCGAGGGAUGGAGCGACGGCGGCCGCAGAGGAAGAGGAGGAGGAACCGGCGGCCGCCGAGGUGGCGGGAGAAGGCGAGGCGGCAGAAGCUAGCGAGGGCGGCGAGCCCAAGGCGGAGACGCUGGACGGGGAGGUGAGGAACGCGGAGGGCGAGGCGGUGGACGGAGAGGACCUCAGCCUGCAGCCGUCAGCGGCCAAGAAGGUGAAGCUGGAGCUGAAGGAGAGGAAGGAGAAGAGGCAGAAAGUGGACGAGGACGAGAUCCAGAAGAUGCAGAUCCUGGUGUCCUCCUUCUCCGAGGAGCAGCUGAACCGUUACGAGAUGUAUCGGCGCUCAGCCUUCCCCAAGGCUGCCAUCAAGCGGCUGAUCCAGUCCAUCACUGGCACCUCAGUCUCUCAGAACGUGGUGAUUGCCAUGUCAGGCAUUUCCAAGGUCUUCGUUGGGGAGGUGGUUGAAGAAGCGCUGGACGUGUGUGAGAAGUGGGGGGAGCUGCCCCCUCUGCAGCCCAAGCACAUGCGGGAGGCUGUCAGGAGGCUGAAGGCUCGAGGACAGAUCCCCAACUCCAAGUACAAGAAGAUCAUCUUCCACUGAGGUGAAAGCUGCUCCGGCUGUGCCCCCUGGGGCAGAGCUGCAGCAUGGAGCUCCUGCUGAGGUCUGCCCUGGGAGCCCAGCGUGGAGGUGGAGGCUUGGGGCCCUCUGCCUCAGCAGAGCAGGAGCAAUGCUCAAGGCCUCCAGUGCUCCCCCCCGGCGUUUCUGCGGCCCCAGAGCAGUGUCUGCUUUUGUACAUUAAACUGGUAUGUUCUUA